AUUUGCUGCAGUACUGCUGUAGUGUGUACACACCGCCAUAUUGGAGACUCAAAAUUAGAAAAUGUCACGCCGGCGUGCUUUUAGUGAUGAUAGUGACGAAGAGGACGGGCGUUCUCACAAGAGACGGCGUACCUCGGGGCCCACAGAUAUUGAAGACAGGUUGGAAUCACUCAUAACAAGGGUGGGGGAAAAGAGUACUUCUUCAUUGGAAAGUAAUCUUGAAGGUCUUGCUAGUGUCCUUGAGGCAGACUUACCAAACUACAAACACAAGAUUAUCAAAAUUCUUUGUGAAUGUGUUACGGAUUUACCAGAGAAGCUGUCAGUGUAUACUACAUUGGUUGGGUUGUUAAAUGCCAGAAACUACAACUGUGGAGGUGAGUUUGUUGAGAUUCUAGUCCGGAAUCUUAAAGAAUCUCUCAAGACUUGCCAGUUUGAAAAUGCAAGACUGAUUGUUCGAUUCUUAUCGGAUCUUGUGAAUUGCCAUGUGAUUGUUGCAUCCUCUUUAUUGGCAAUGUUUGACAACUUUGUUGAAGUCACUCUAGAGGACAACAUUCCACAAGUGAGAUCUGACUGGUUUGUUUUCAUGGUGCUAUCUGCCCUGCCAUGGGUAGGAAGAGAACUGUUUGAGAAAAAGGAAACAGAAUUCAGUGCAUUGCUUCAAACUAUUGAAAAUUACUUAAACAAAAGACAAAAGAUUCAUGUAACUGCAUUACGGGUUUGGACAUCAGAUGACCCACAUCCACAGGAAGAAUACUUAGACUGCUUAUGGGCCCAAAUCAAAAUGCUGAAGAACAACAAAUGGAUGGAGCGGCAAAUAUUACGUCCAUACCUGGCAUUUGAUGGAGUGCUGUGUGAAGCACUACAGCACACAUUACCCCAGAUUAUCCCCCCUUCACAUGAUGAUGAUGCUACCUAUCCUUUGCCCUCAGUGGUGUUCAGAAUGUUUGACUAUACUGAUGUACCAGAGGGUCCUGUGAUGCCAGGUAGUCACGCUAUAGAGAGGUACUUGGUGGAAGAACAUUUACACAGAAUACUACACACACAUCAUUUAGAGAGGAAAGACUGUGCUGCAGCAUUACUCAGUUUCCCAACCAAGGUGCAACUACCUCUGAAUUAUAUGAUAGUGGAGGUGGUAUUUUCUCAGCUGUUUAGACUGCCACAUCCUCCAUACCUGGAAAUUUUUUAUGGGUCUUUGCUGAUUGAACUCUGCAAGCUACAGCCUAGUACCAUGCCUCAAGUGCUUGCUCAAGCCACAGAGAUGCUGUAUGAAAGAAUAGACACAAUGGAUACAAGUUGCAUAGAAAGAUUUGUCAGCUGGUUUGCCUACCAUUUGAGUAACUUCCAGUUCCGCUGGAGUUGGGAUGACUGGUCCACUUGUGUGGAAAUGGAUCCUUUGUUACCAAAACCCAUGUUUGUGAAGGAGGUGUUGUUACAGUGUUUGAGGUUAUCGUACCAUCAGAGGAUUUUAGAAACUGUCCCCGACUCAUUUGCGCCCCUUAUUCCAACCAAGCCACAUCCGGUGUAUAAGUAUGAAAAGGAAGGCGCUGGCUCCUUACCAGGCACCAUAACAGCCUACAAGCUAUUGUCCUCAAUCAAGAGUAAGUGUACCCCAGAGGAAGCAGCAAUGAUCCUGAAGGAUUUGCCCAAUCCACUGUCAGAUGAAGAAGGUGACCCAGCUUACAACCCGUUAAAAAUUGAUGUAUUUGUGUCAACUCUGUUAUUCUUGGGAAGCAAGUCAUUCAGUCAUUCUUUUGCAGCUAUUGCCAAGUUCCAUUAUGUGUUCAAAACCUUGGCAGAAACAGAAGAUGCACAGAUUUGCAUUUUAAGGAGUGUGCAUGAAGUCUGGGGAACACACCAACAGAUGAUGUGUGUUCUUAUUGAUAAAAUGCUGAAAACCCAGAUUAUUGAAUGUUCUGCAGUAGCUAACUGGCUGUUUUCUUCAGUGAUGACUCCCCACUUCACAAGCUUUUUUGUGUGGGAGAUACUCCAUUCCACCAUCCGCAAGAUGAACAAACAUGUUGCCAAGUUGCAAAAAGAAGUGGAAGAAGCCAAAGACAAACUUGAGGCAGCUGAGAGAAGGGCAAGAGAUGGAAUGGAUAUAGACUCCAAAGACGAUGAUGUCCCUACAGAAGAGAUGAUUGAAAGAAUGGAGGAAAAACUGGAAUCUGCCCAAAGUGAACAGAAGAAUCUCUUUCUAAUCAUUUUCCAGAGGUUCAUCAUGAUUUUGACAGAACAUUUGGCACGGUGUGAAGCCGAAGGUCAGGAUUACAACACACCUUGGUAUAAAUGGGUAAUAGAAAGGCUUCAACAAAUUUUCCUCUUGCACCAUGAGCAAGUGUACAAGUACAUCAACACUCUGGAAAAUCUGCUGUUUACAAGUGACAUUGAUCUUCACAUUCUGGAGGUGUUUCAACAUUUCUGUGCCUUAAGGUCAUGAAGGGUUUGACAUUUAAAUAAAUAGGGUUGAAGCAUUGCCAUUUUGAAAUGGAUUCAUGGGGGAUAGGGUCCAAGUACAGUGUGAGACCCAAACACGCGUGCAGGAGUCCUUCAGUCUUCAUCAGGAGUUGCCUGCAAACUUGGUCUGAGAAAGCCAGAAAAAGGAAAGGGCAAAAGGUCUUUCAGACCAAAAUGUUGACUUUUACCAUGAGAGCAGAACUCAAGAGAAAGGAAGAAUAAAAUUUACGAACAGCAGGAAUGAAAAUAUUUCCUCAGAAAGUUGUAAAAAACAUUAGUUAACAUGUAAAAAUGUAGUAAAAGUGAGAUUUCUUUUUAAAUAGUUUUGUAGUGAAAUUUUUGCUGUAGUAAACACUGUUACACAUCUAGCAUUGCAAUUAGUUUGCCUCACCAAAUCCGUAGAUGACCAUUUGAUAAUGUUCCCCAUCUGACUGUACGACUGGCAUGCUGUCCAAAACAAUUUUAAAAAAGUUUAAGACAAACUGAUCAAACUUUAUAUGCAAUCAGUCCAAACUGGUCUUUUUAAGGUGUAUAUAGGUGUACUUACAGCAAAGCCAAGGAAAGUUUUUAUGUUCAAAUAUCACUAAUAUGGUAAAUGAAAUUUACAGCACAAAGGCAGCAUUCCAUAUUGCAAAUAAAUGCAAACUGGGGCUUCUGCACUGAAUGUUUGUAAAUCAAGACUUCUUGUUUGGAGGUAUUGGAACUAUUAUGGCACUUAAAAAGACAACAAUAAAUAACAACAUAUGACUUUUA